AGUGGGUCGCUCGCACGGAAGAGCUUGACUUUCUGAGCGACGAAGUGUUUCUUCUUGGUCUUGGUUUUGCUUGCAAUUGAUGCGGCAAUGCUGCUCGCCGAAGCCAUGUUUUUUUUUUUUUUUUUUUUUAAAUCAAAACGGUUAUGGAUAUUGCAGUGUUGAAUCCUCAAAAAAAUGCACUCCCCUCUAGUCUAAACUGGCACAGCGGCCACCGCCACCUCACGACUCAGUGGAUAACAGCGCUAUUCAUCUGGCCAGUGCCCUAAUCAAAUGUCCAACACGGCCCUGACUAAACGCAUAAAGCCCGAUCCGGAGGAGGACUAAACGUGGGGAGGAUGCGACGCUGAAGCUAACAGUCCAUCAGUCCGCAUUAUCGGCUCGCCCCUGCGACGUCAAGCCUCACUGAGCUGGCGUUAGCAUAGCCAUAGCAUGCUAGCGAGCAGCGAUGCGAGGGUAAAUAAACGCAGCAUGGGGGAAAAUGUGUAAAAAAGCGGAUGAUUUAAUUUAAUGACGCUGCCGUUCGCCGCUGCGAAACGCUGCCGUUCGCCGCUGCGAAACGCUGCCGUGUCUAACACCUGCUAUUGAACCCAGUCAGCCCGCAAGCUAGCUGGCUAGCGUUAGCAGCCCGAUUAGCAGUCGGCUAAAGCCCCUUUUCCUCCUCCUCCUCCUCCUCCUCCUACGUGCUCGGUCGGUUGGGAUGCCGAAAGCUGUCGUCCUUUAAUGUCGCCGCCCCGUUGGAGACGCAAUGAAAGAGGAUGCCUUUAACGUCAAAUCGACGGGUGGCAGAAUGGGGAGGAGAGAUAACAGAAGCAAGACCGAUGAUUCUGAGUCCUCGUGCAAGGACAUGGUUGAAUCGCUUCGCAUCGAAUUCAAAUCGCAGACAACUGCUGUUCUUCUUCUGAGAUCCCCCGAAGAAGACAUUUUGAUCGUAGCGUGUGGAGCAAUCUACAAAUUUGCAGAGGAAGGAGAUGGUAAUAAAAUUCACCUGAUGGAUCUUGGAGCAUUGGAGCCUCUUUGUCAGCUCGUCAAUCACAGCAACAAGAUGAUCAGACGCAAUGCAAUCAUUGGACUGGGCGUCAUGGCUACCAACAGUACAGUGAGAAAUGUCCUGCAAAACAUCAACGUCAUUCCAUCGAUCAUCGCCAGGCUGUCACUGGACGACACUGCCAUCCAAGAGUUUGGGACCCUAUGCCUGGCCUCACUGUCUGUGGAAUCCUCCUGUAAACUCCAAAUCGUGGACAACCAAGGCCUGCCAGUAUUGAUCAAGCUCCUUUCCAAUUCAGACCCAGAUAUUCAGAAGAACUCUCUGGAGACCAUCUUCAACUUGGUUGACGAUGAGCAAAUCUGCCCUGUCUUCAUCGAAUUGUGCGGGAUCAGUCAUUUACUACUCCUGCUCAAAUCAGCAUUCAGCGUCAUUCAGCAGCUGGCUUUGAAAACAAUGCAGAAGAUGGCUGCCAAUCACAAAGAUACCCAAAUCACCUUUAGGGAAGAGCAAGCGCUUGAUAUAUUCAUCAAUAUCAUCAAUGAUAAGGAUUUAAUUGACCUCCAUGCCGAGACCUUGCAUGUUAUAGCCAACUGUAUCGGUGACAUGGAGAGUUUCCGGGUGAUCCAGAAUUCAGGAGGGCUAGCCACGCUAAUGGAGCUUGCCCAGACCCCUAAGUUGUCCGAAAGCAAAGGCAUCAAUAAUGAAAUCCAGGCCACGGCUGUGAACUGCUUCACCAGGGCUACUCAGAACUGUGACCUCCACCAAUUUCUGCAUGAACAAAAGAUUGACAAGGUUCUGGUAGAUCUCUUGUCUUCUGGAGCCACCGACUGCAUAAAAACAUACGCUUGUCAAGCUAUGGCCACCUUGAGCUGCUUUCUGCCCAGCAAAGGCCUCUUCAGAGAUUUAGGUGGUAUACCCGCUGUGGUGCGGUUACUGAAGAGUAAGAAUUCAGCGAUGAGAGAGCAGGCUAUCCAGGCCUUGGCCAACCUCACAUCAGGAAACUACCUCAACACUAUGGCAGUAUUUAAGGCAGGAGGACAUAAAAUGCUUGUGCAGAGGCUCUGCGACGAUUGUCCUAAGAUAGUGGCCAAUUCGAUAGCCAUACUCGGCAGGAUGGCAGCACAGGAAGAAUUGCGCUGUACAGUGAUAUGGGAGGGAGUGGUGCCAGCGCUGGUGGAGCCUUUAAAAUCGACAGACAUGGAGGUCCUGAUCAGUGUCUUGCUGUGCCUCUGUGAACUGGCCUUUGAGGAAGAAGCCAGGGUAGAGCUGCAAAGCGCUGGGGGUUUCGAACCGCUCGUCAGUUUGCUGCGUUCCAGUCACACGGAGGUGCUGCGCUGCGCAUGCAUGGCGAUCAGUGUGUGUGCCAAGGAUGAGCCCACUGCUCUGGAGAUGUGCAGAUUUGGAGCCUUAGAAAUCCUUCAAGAAAUCAAUCUAUCAAUAAACCGUAGGAGCAAGUUUACAGAGUUUGCCUUGAUCAGUCUGCUCAAAUACAACGUGUCUCUCAAAUAUGGUCUGCUUGGUUAUUUGGCCACAGGUGAUAUCAUCCCCGAUGGCUUCUGUGAUACUGGAAAGGUUGGUUUUGGUCAGACAGUUUUGAGCUUAGAAGAACUGAUCAUGGAGCCAAUAAACGAACAGCGUCCGGUCUUCCUCGUCACCGCAAUCGAGCUGAGCAAUGAAGCGCCACAGAAAGAUGAGGCCCAGUUGCAGUGUUCUCAAGAGAGCAACUGUAAAGUAAUGGAUGACGUCUCCUUGCGGUUUCUAGUUAAAGAGGUCAAGGAGUCUGACCUGCUUUUGAAUGAUGAAGAGGAACAAUACGCUGCCUUGGCAAGGUACGUAAGCGAUGCCAUGGGUGGACAAAUUGAGCAACAAGAGUUGGAAACAUUUGCAUGGGUUCAACAUCUAGAUGAGCUCAAACAUCGACUGACGAGUAACGUGAUUCCGAUUGGCAUGAUCAGAAAAGGAUUCUACUGUCACAGGGCGCUUCUUUUCAAGUACUUGGUUGAUUGCAUCGGCCUGAGGUGUACUCUGGUAAGAGGUGACUACAACCGAGCUUGGAAUGAAGUACUCAUCUACAAGGAAGAUCCAUGCAGCAAUGAAAACUGCUCACAGCCAUGUUGCUAUAUUGUGGACCUCAUGCACCAGCCUGGAAACUUACUGGAGGUUAAUAGUCCCGCUGCUAGUGAUUAUAAAAGUCUAUAGAGGGCGAUGUAGUGU